CGUUCACUAAGAACCCCUACAUUGUCUCCACCCCCACUACUAAUUGGGGCCUAUCAGAGAUCGUAGGUGCCUUUGUCGCCGGGCUGUCGUCCGGGAAAUUGGAUCCUCAGAUACGCCGGAGAUCUUUGGAAUACCUCCAUGAACCAGGGUCGCUUUACACAGCUUGCGCUGUUCUACUUACUCAGGAUAACACCACUGCACUUCGUCAACUCGGACUCCUGCGUCGUAAUGACCCUGUUUGGCCUCAGUGUUUGCGGAGUCUUCAGGAAGUGGACUUCUCUGGUUUCACGCCCUCUUCGUUCCUCGCCAAAUAUAUUGCAGAUCUCAAAGCUGUCAUCGAACAAAAUCAUGUAGAGCUCGGAUCAUCGGACGGACAUAGGUCCAUUGGCACGACUCCCAACGUGCGACCGGUUCGGAGAGACGAUGAACCGACGAAACGUGGUUGGUCGAAAGUCAAGUCACUGCCCCUUCUAUUGCGUUGGGCCAGACAGUACCGUACUAGAGAAGCUCUUACCGAGGAAAUAGCAAUGCCUAGCAACGGUGACCAAGUUUGAUGGUAUCCGAGAACACAUCGAUGCUGUAGUGUACAACGAUUAUUCUAAUAGCUCCUUUACUUUACUGGUCAGAUCUACUUGUAUCAUAGUUAUAACUUGUAUGAUCACAACAAUGACUUUGUCGUCGAUACUCAGUGUGAACCGUCGUUUUUUGAUACUUCGGUUGCAAACUUCCGCAUAACGCCGCUCUGUUCUCCCUCGAGUG